UAAGGUUGUUCCUCCUUGCCCAAAUAAGCCAGACGCUGUCAGCCUAAUUCCCCCCCCCCCCCUUUCUGGCCUAGAACCGCGCUCCGCACUACAAGCAGAGAAGUUGCCCGGUGGUUGCACGGAGGUUGCCCCCGGUGUUGCACGGAAAAUGCCUGGUACUGGCCCGGAUUUUCUUUGUCUGGGCUGAUGGGCUUAAUCGAUACUAGAAAUGAUGUUUUCCUAUAAAUGCCUGGGAGAGCAUAAACUUAAUGGGAAACUUCCUGGGCUCCAUUUUCUUGUUUCUUUUUUCAGGCUCGACGAUGAUGUGAUCUCGAACCUGCCGCGCUCAAGCAUAGAAACGUCUAUGUGGCGGGCACGGUCGAAGGCUCUCCCCGUGCUCCCCACCUCCCUCACGCACUUCGCUGAGAUACUCAACGACCCGCAGUUUUCCGGCAGGUUCGCCACUGCACAUAAUGGCGAGCCGUUUCAAGUCAUUGGCUGUGACGGCGAUGGCAGGGAGGGCCAGGCAGCCAUAAUUAUAAGCUCCAACUUUCGCGAGGCCCUGGUGGAGGCAACAGACAUCCAUCUGGACGGGCACUUCAAGAUGGUUCCGGGGAUCCCGGGCACCUACCAGUUGCUGACAAUCAUGGCGGUGUCCUAUGACAUCGUGGUGCCCGCCGUCAGCAUUCUCAUGACCAGGAAAACGCAGGAGGCGUACACGAUGGUCCUGAGGAAGGUGGCCGAGGCCAUCCCCGGCUUUUCACCAACAUACGUGAUGUGUGAUUACGAAAGGGCCCUUUUCCAGGCAGUGGCUGAUGUUUUCGUUGAGGCAAUCAUCUCGGGCUGCCUUUUCCACAUUGAUCAAGCCAUGUGCAGGUGGACGGCGACCACAGGGGGUCUUCUUGUCUAUCUCCGUGAGACUCCAAUGGCUGGCCUCCUGGUGCGAAUGUGCAUGGCACUGCCACUGCUUCGGCCAGAUCGCAUCCAGGGGGCCUUCGACGAUGUGUGCCGGUUCUCACGGGGGGCAAGGGACCAAAACCUGUUCAACACCAUGGAAGCUUUCCUUGACUACAUACAGAACACUUGGAUUGAUGGUAUUGGACCGGAACACAUAAGUGUUUACAGACGACGGCGACGUACAAAUAACGACCAAGAAAGCUACCACAAGACUCUCGUGGACACCCUGGGUACUCCCCACGGCAAUGCUUGGGCGUGGAUGGACAAGUUCCGGCAUCACGAGCAGCGGCAACGGCGUCGCCUUCUACAAGCAUCUGUCGGAAACAACCCCGGCCGGGCGCAGCGCAAGCAGUACGCUCUGCUCAACAAGCGUAUUGCUCGGGCCACCGACCGCCUUGAUCAAGGCCGCAUCUCAGCCAUACAGUUUCUCAAAAUAUGCAGCCAUCAAUGCCACAGCACCUACAAUAGGGUGGCACUGCGAGUGAAGCGUGAUAGGAGAGCUGAGGGGGCUGACGAACUGAUUGCUGAAAUGGGAGAACCGAUCCCCGAGGAGGAGAUGGGCCCACCGCCGGCGCUUCCGCCCGGAGUCGCCGAUCCUCUGGAUCCCCCUGCUCACCCUGUAGACAUCUCAUCCGACGAGGAGGGAGGGGACUCCGAGGAAGAGGACAACCCCUUCCUGGAGCGUGCUCCAGCCGGCAGACGACAGCGCCGCAGAGCUGCAGCACCAGGACGGGGCCGCGGUGAAGCAGCUGGACGCGGUCGAGGAGGUCGCGGCGGACCAGCUGGACGCGGUCGCGGUGGAGCAGGUGCGCGUGGACGCGGUGGAGCAGCUGGGCGUGGACGCGGAGCUGGGCGUGGUCGUGUAGGCCGCGGUCGAGCUGUGGCGGCAGCAGGGCGCGCCAAUGGCGCAGUUGCCGCACAGGCUCGCGCUGCAGCAGCACCGCGUGCUCGACAAGUUGGACCAGCUGGCGGACGGGCUGUGGCUGCAGCAGAGCGCGCCCGUGCACGCCGUGAAGCCGAAGUUCAUCGUGUGGCAGCAGAUAGAGGAGCUGCGCGUGCUGAACGGGCUGCUCGCCGAAACCGUGUAGGUGAGCAACAAGUACCUCAGGCACAACUACAACAGCCACUGCCUCAACCCGAGCAGCCUCCAGCCGAGCAGGCUCCAGCACCACCUGUCGUCGCCGUGCCGCCGAUUGGAGACCCAAUAUACGCCUUGGAGGACGACGACCUGUAUGAUCCUUAUAGGAGCGCGACGCCCUCACCAGUACGACAUGUUGAGCUUCCUGUGGCCCAGCCCCAGCAAGUAGUUGUGCAGGUGAAUGAGGGUCCCAUGUGCCUUGACUGCCGCACUGCCAAGGCCCUCUUCGUAAUGCAACCAUGUGGUCACCUUGCUUUGUGCAAUGCAUGCAAUACGAGUGCUGUAAUUCACAACCGGGUGACCUGCCCCAUGGGGGCUGUUUGCCCUCCUGUGACUGACAGAAUCCGCUCAUACUAUUAGAGUAAAGACUCAUUGUUGGGAGAUUAACGUGUCGCGGUUCACGCCCCCCACCUCCUUUGCAUCAAGAACAUUAAAGUGAUUAGAGUCUGGCAUCAUUUAAAAAUGGUUUUUGAGUUACUGCACUGGUGUGCCUUAAUA